CGCGUCCGCACCGUCAACUUUGUUUGUUUUCCUAGCUCGCCUCGUCUGCCGUUUUGAGCGACCGCCGCCGAAGAAGCCCAACCAACCAACCCAACCCAACCCACCCACCCACCCAGCCGGCCGGCCCCCACUUAGUUUCGGAGCACGAAGCAUGGCCGAGGGUCCCGAAGCCGAUGUCGACAAGCCGCCUCGCUGUCAUUUAGCUCCGCUCAUCACCGUCUCCGAUCUGCCCGGUGCCACUGCAGCAGGUCGUAACCUGAAGGAAUGGCUGGAGGAGCAGUUCUGCGACAAGCCUUUGGAGCAGGAUGACAUGCGGCUACACAACGCCGCCUACGUCGGGGAUCUGCACACCCUGAGGAACCUGCUACAGGAAGAUGCCUUUCGACAGCGUAUCAAUGAGAAAUCGGUGUGGUGUUGCGGCUGUCUGCCCUGCACGCCUCUGCGCGUCGCGGCCACGGCGGGCCACGCCGCCUGCGUGGCGUACCUGAUCGCGCGAGGAGCCCACGUGGACCUGGUGGACGUCAAAGGCCAGACGGCGCUUUACGUGGCUGUGGUCAACGGUCACCGCGACUGCGUGCGCAUCCUCCUGGAGGCCGGGGCCGACCCCAACGGGAGCCGCCACCACCGCAGCACGCCGCUUUACCACGCCGCGCGGGUCGGACGGCUCGACGUGCUGCAAGAACUCAUCAGGUGUAAUGCUGACGUGGACAUGGACCACCUGUUGGGUCCCCGGCUCCUGUUAAGCGCCCGCACCCUCAAUACGUUGGUGGUGUGCCCCCUGUACAUCAGCGCCGCCUACCACCACCUCCACUGUUUCCGAGCUCUGCUGGAGGCCGGCGCUCAGCCCGACUUCAACUACUCGGGGCCCGUUUGCCACGGCGCCCUGAGCCGUGGCCUGGCCUCCUGCCUGCUGGACGCCGUGCUGCGACACGGCUGCGAGGCGGCCUUCGUCCAGCUGCUGUUGGACCACGGGGCCCAGCCGGCACACGUGGCGUGGGACGAGUCGGAAGUUGACGCUCCCAACCGUAGGAAGGUGGAUCCGGAAGCCCUCAGGACCUUCCUGGAAGCCAGGAGUUGCCCUCGCAGGCUGACCCACCUGUGCCGCAUUGCCAUCCGUAAAGCCAUGGGCAAGAAACGUCUGCACCAUAUUCCGUCACUGCCACUUCCGGAAACCAUCAAGAACUUCCUGCUUCAUCAAAACUGACAGCCUUGGCUUCUUGGCAGUCUUAAACCGUGACAAUUCUGGCUCUGGUGGACGCAAUAUAUUUAUAAUUGAAUGCAUUUUAUUACUGUGUUUAUUGUCUAUUCUGUACAGUAGCAUGCUAUGCAAUUGAACUAAGGAAUCAAUAGUGCAAUCUUUAUAAAAGUACAUGCAAUCCAUUUGAACUAGAACAGGUGGCUAUGGAGAGAUUUGAAUGCAUUAGAUGGACAAGAAAUGUUAUAGCAUGCAUGCUCAUGUAGCCAUGAUUUAUUUAAAAAAAAAAAAAAAGCAAAUUUAAUACUAUGCUAAAAAGAACAAUUAUCAUUAAUGGUACAGAAAGCCGGCUGUCAUUCACUGAGUCUGCUGCUCAAACUCUUCUUUGUAUUUUCCCUUGUAUGUCUUAUUUAUUGAUAUUCAG